AUGAUAUCGGUUGGAAUUCGUCUAACCGAUCAGGUAUUUCCCGGUCCCGAAGAACCGAUCGCCGUGUUUCCUGGCGGUACCGAGAAUCCGAAACAAAUUUUGGAUGGAAUCGACAAGGAAGGAGUUGCACAUAUCAAACGAAUUAUUCUGAAUCGUACUGCUAACGUGGAAUUCCUCCGUGCCGAGUCUCCAUCUCGUAUUUGGGUCCGUCUCCAAAAUCACAUCACCGACACAACGCUGACGUUUCGGGAGCCAUUCCCCCUAAAAUCAAAGCUAGAAAUUCGAAAAGAUGAUUAUGCACUGGCUCCCAUCGACGAGCGCGUCUACCGGCGAUGCCGAAUAAUCGAGACAGAAAACGAGAAUGGUCUGAUUCAAAUCUUCUUCAUCGACGACGCCACAACGGCAUGGGUGAAGUCGGAGUGUCUUGCAAUUAUGGAUGAGCAUUACAUGUUCUAUCCAUGGCAGGCUAUUCAGAUUUCCAUGUUCGGUGUCUAUCCGUCAGUUGUGGAUCAUUCUGGGAAGCUCGAACAGCUCUGGUCCAUACAAACGUGCAACAAGCUCAGCCAAAUCCUCCGUGCAUUCCCCAUUCUGCGAGUGCAAGUUGCUCUCUCUACAGUGGUAUUCAACGACUACGCCAAACCGAUUCCAGUGAAGCUCUUUGGAAUCCCACCUGGCGUCGAGGAGCGCGAGUAUCACUAUCGUGCAAUGUCGAUUUCUCAAAUUCUGGAGGGAGGUCUUCCGAUGCCAGCAGAGCCAGAAGAAGAAGCCAAGGAUGACGUCGAUUCUGAUGAAGAGGAGGUGCUGGAAACAGGACCAUCGGUGAGAAAAGAAGAAGUUGACAACAAGCCACCAGAGAUAGUGUGCAUGGAUCUGUACGAUGCGGCGUUUCACGAGAUUUUCGAUGUCGCUGAGAGAGACCAAAUCCCAACGGAGCCUCUAGAUAUUCAUUGUGAGUUCCCAAAAGACUGGAAGGAAUCAGAUGAUGCGGAGGAAGAGGAGAAGAAGGAGAAAGAGGAAGAGUUGUACAGCAAAGAUUCGUUGACAGUGAAGUUGGAGCAUGCCGAUUGGGAUCCAAGACUGAAUAAAAUCGAGAUGAUGACAGUCAAGGAAUUGGGAGAGAAAUUCCGUUUCUCGGAGGACGAUAAGGAGCCACGCAUCAUGUUAGCUGUGGAAGGAAGAUGCACAAAGAGCCCGUAUGAGUGGUAUGCAAGGCCAAUUGUCAAAACUGGCAAAAAUAAACGCGAAGAGAAUGUUGCAUGGGGUACCGAUUCGGAUCUUCGAGAGGUUGACGAGACUGAUUGGAUGUUGUAUGGAAACGAUCAGCUGACAAGUGUCGCUGAACAACUCGACACCUUCUAUUCGAAUACGAAGAAUCGGAAGCCAUUGAGAACCGUGGAAAUCCAAGCCAUGAUGCAGGAAAAGCGAGAUGUGUUUGCUGUGUGUGCUGUGAACGAGGAGAAAGCAAACUACACAGGCGAAUGGCAGAGAGUACUGAUUGUUAAUUGUGAUCAGUUCGCGGAAGUUCGAUUCUUGGAUUCUGGUGGUCGUGAUAUGGUACUCACUAGUUCGCUCUAUCGAAUUCAUGAACAACACUGCCGCUUCCCACCGAUGUGUCUUCGAUUCGCCAUUCACGGAGUCUCUACAAGACUGAAUUCUGGAAGAGAGGAUGGCAAAUGGCACUCGAAUGAAAUCGCUCGCUUCAGAAUGUGCCUUCGUGAGGAUACACCGAUUUUCAUCAAUAUCGCUGAUAUCGUCCCACUGCCUGCACCAAUGGAUAAGGAGCGUCGUGUGCACAUGGCUAGACAUGUUUUGAUGGCUAAGGAUGUAUCGUAUAUGGAUGAGACACGCUCUCUGUUGGAUCGAUUCUUGAACGAUGAAGAUUCGGUGAAUGCAGUGAGAAACCCAGAGCUACCAUGUCAAUGGCCACCAUUUUAA